GGCAGGGUACACGUGCCACAAGACGUUUUUCAAGAUGGGAAAGGACAAAAGCGAGCAACCUUCCGAGCUGUAAACCCCAAGGACUACAGCGGGAGCCGCGCGUCCCAAUGAAAGCAGUGCGCAGAGAGAGCGCUCGGCACACACUCGCUGUAAUGAUGUGCUGGUACCGUGUGUCCGGCGUUCUCGGCGAACAUGGCGGAGUCGGGCGGAGACGAGUUCUCUUCGGAUCGCGCACAGCGCAGUAUGGCAAACAAAAAUAGCACCCUCCGCUGCACAUUCUCAGCCCCCAGUCACAGUGCAACGCUUCUGCAGGGGCUCUCUGUCCUCCGUGCCCAGGGCCAGCUCCUGGAUGUGGUGCUGGCAAUCAACGAGGAGCGCUUCCAGGUCCAUAAGGCAGUGCUUGCUUCUUGCAGUGAUUACUUCAGAGCCAUGUUCACAGGGGGCAUGCGGGAGGCCAGUCAGGACACCAUUGAGUUGAAGGGACUCUCAGCACGUGGACUGAAGCACAUCAUUGACUUCGCGUACAGUGCAGAGGUCACACUGGACCUGGACUGUAUCCAGGAUGUCCUGGGAGCUGCCGUCUUCCUGCAGAUGGUGCCUGUGGUAGAGCUUUGUGAGGAGUUCCUGAAGUCGGCCAUGAGCGUAGAGACAUGCCUGAACAUUGGCCAGAUGGCCACCACCUUUAGUUUGUCUUCCCUGAAGGAGUCAGUGGACAUCUUCACUUUCCGCCACUUCCUGCAGAUUGCAGAAGAGGAUGACUUCCUGCACAUUCCUAUGGAGCGCCUGGUGUUCUUCCUGCAGAGCAACAAGCUGAAGAACUGCAGCGAGAUCGACCUGUUCCAUGCAGCAAUCCGCUGGCUGCAGCACAAUGAAGCAAGGCGGGCCGAGGCCAGCGAGGUGCUGUGCCACGUGCGCUUCCCUCUCAUGCGCUCCUCUGAGCUGGUUGACAGGGUCCAGACUGUGGACAUCAUGGUGGAGGACGUGUUGUGCAGGCAGUAUCUUCUAGAGGCCUUCAACUAUCAGAUCCUCCCUUUCAGGCAGCACGAGAUGCAGUCGCCACGGACUGUCAUCCGCUCGGACGUGGUGUCUCUCGUUGCAUUUGGUGGGACGCCGUACACGGACAAUGACCGCACGGUGAGCAGUAAGGUGUACUUCCUCUCGGACUCUGCUGCACGGCAGUUCAAGGAGCUGGCAGAGAUGGAGAGUGGGUGUAGCCACGCUUGCGUGGCUGUUUUGGAUAACUUUGUAUAUGUGGUCGGCGGGCAACACCUGCAGUACCGUAGCGGGGAGGGCGCAGUGGACAUGUGCUUCCGUUAUGAUCCGCACUUGAGCCAGUGGUUGCGCAUACAGCCCAUGCAGGAGAGCCGCAUCCAGUUCCAGCUCAAUGUGCUGCAGGGCCAGCUGUAUGCCACGGGGGGACGCAAUCGGUCUGGCAGCUUGUCAUCUGUAGAGCGUUACUGCCCGAAGAAGAACAAGUGGACCUAUGUGGAAUCCCUCAAGCGCAGAAUCUGGGGUCAUGCAGGAACCACCUGCGAGGACAAGCUGUACAUCUCGGGCGGAUACGGGGUCUCGGUAGAGGACAAGAAGUCGUUGCACUGUUACGAGCUCAGCUCUGACCAGUGGGAGUUCAAAUCCCCCAUGAAUGAACCGCGAGUGCUACACGCUAUGGUCAGUGCCAAGGGCCGUAUCUAUGCCCUUGGAGGUCGGAUGGACCACGUAGAUCGCUGCUUUGAUGUUCUUGCUGUGGAGUACUAUGUUCCGGACACAGACCAGUGGACCAUGGUCAGCCCCAUGCGUGCAGGUCAGUCAGAGGCGGGCUGCUGCUUGUUGGACAAAAAAAUCUACAUUGUGGGUGGAUACAAUUGGCACCUCAAUAAUGUCACCAGCAUUGUGCAAGUGUACAACACUGAAACUGAUGAGUGGGAGCGGGACUUGCACUUUCCAGAGUCCUUUGCUGGAAUUGCAUGUACGCCACUCAUACUUCCACAGACCACAACCCAACGGUAGCCUGUCAGAGGGGCCAAAGAAUGGUUUUCUGACUUUGGAGUUACUGAAAUAGACAAAAACUUUCAUUUCCUUCAGUAUUGCUGGUGCAGAAGGCAGCCUCAAUAAGAAAUUCAGCUUUAUACAGUAGUAUU